GAAAUAAUUGAAUGAAGUUCUGAUUUUUGGAGUCAUUUUGAAAUUGUGUAUCAUGAAAUAAACAUGGGUCGUGUAGAAAUAUUCUUUAUUGCCAUUUGUGUAUUUUACCAAAGUACCAACGGCGCCGUUUCCGGUUCGUUGCGGAGAUAUCAACUAUUGCAGCAAUGGCGUGAGGAGAAUAAAACAAGGAACAUCACCUCAAAGCCGUCUCUUCGUGGCUUUAUAAACUUAUUCAGUAUGAUCGAAUGCGCGACCGACUGCAACCCCUGGCAUUUAAGGAGCUAUGGAAACUAUUGCGGCCUAGGUGGAUCCGGGAAACCUAUAAACGACAUUGACAGUUGCUGCGAACAACACGACGCGUGUUACGACGACAACCGAGACUUAUACGGUUGCUCGAGCGGGAUGUACGUGUCGUCGUACCUGUGGAGCUGCGCCGACGGCUACCCGGCCUGCCACGACGGCCGCGACCAGUGCGACCUGUGGACCUGCGUGUGCGACAAGGCCAUGAUGGAGUGUCUGCAGGACGCCGGGUGCCCUUAGCGUGCCUUACUUUACUUUAUACCGAAAUAUUAUACAUACACAGACAUUUUUCGAAUGAGUUUUUUCUGAUACUUUCUAAAACACGCUUUUUUUAAAGUCGCCGUCAAUAGAAAUUGCGAACUAUGUAAAUAAACCUGUAGUCGAAAUUUCUGUGAUUAAUUUCCUUUCUAACUCGUCAAAUACUGGCUAAACACUGUGUUAUUUAAUCAAUGUGCAUCACAUGAUGAUCCUAAAACAAUCAAAGAGUGCUAGAAUACGGAUAUUACAUUGGCUGGUUUGUUUACAUUGUUCGCAAUUUCUAUUGACGGCGACUUUAGCAAAUUUAUAGUUCCAUUCGAUCGCACAAUAGACGAAAUAAGUAAGUAUACUAACUACCUAGAGUAAUAAAAUUAGUAUUUGUACACUAUGGGAUAUAAUAAACAGACAGUUUUUAA